CAAAUAAUCUGAGUCUUUAGGUUAGCACCUCAGUUGUUUGUUAAACGUUGCUCAGAAUGUGUUCGUCUAAAACAUUUCGGUUACGAAUUUUCGUAAGAUUUCUGUUGGGUUUGGUAGUUUUUAUGUUCGAUGAAGUGCAUUGUCGAACAUCGGAUAUUCUAAAAGUUGAACUUCAAGAUGGUGGCAUCUUGGUUGGCAGGCAUCUUACAUCGCAUAACGGUCGACAUGUGCGGGCAUUUAUGGGAAUACCCUAUGCCGAACCACCUGUUGGUGAAUUAAGAUUUAAACCUCCAGUUCCAAAAGCACCAUGGACAGGUGAAAAGCUUGUGGUUCGUGAUUCGCCAAUUUGCAUUCAAAGGGAUCCUUUCCGAAGAGAUCAGUUGAUUGAAGGUAGUGAGGAUUGUCUAUAUCUCAAUGUUUACAUCCCAGAGAAACCCCGUAAAUCUGGGCCAUUACCGGUCAUGAUUUUCUUCCAUGGAGGUGGUUGGGAAUGUGGUUCUGGAAUCAGUGCAUUCUAUGGACCAGAUUUCUUGAUGGAUCAUGAUGUAGUCUAUGUGAGUGGAAACUUCCGUUUGGGUCCACUCGGAUUUCUUAGCACCGAAACCACAGAUUGCCCUGGCAACAAUGGUCUCAAAGAUCAGCUGCUUAUUUUGAAAUGGGUCCAGAACAACAUUGCUGCAUUUGGUGGAAAUCCAAAUUUGGUAACAAUCUUUGGAGAAAGUGCUGGAGGUGCAAGUGUCACUUACCACAUGAUGUCAGAAAAAUCGAAGGGCUUAUUUCACAAGGGAAUUUCCCAAUCAGGCACUUACUUCAACCCUUGGGCUCAACCAGCACAUAAAGGAGUAGCUGCAUCCCGAGCAAAACGACUAGCUAAAAUGCUCGAUUGUGAUAAGCCCAAUUGGUCGGAAACUCUCAAUUGCUUGCGAAAGAAAUCAGCAAGCGACAUUACAGCUACGGUUUAUGAAUUCUUUGAAUGGGACUACGAUCCAAUGAUUCCUUUCCCACCAGUUGUCGAACCAGAUAGCCCUGAUGCUUUUCUAACUGCGCUCCCAAGAACUGAGAAGCUGCCCCAUGGCUUCAAAUUACCAUGGAUGGCUGGAGCAACUUCCGAAGAAGGUGCGCUAAAGACAGCCGGACUUUUGAAUAUCCCAGGAUUACUGGAUGAGUUCAAGCAAAAAUUCUACGAAGUCCUUCCCAUCAUUCUCAACUACGACCAUCAUUCGAAAGAUGUUCAAAGACAAAUCACAGAUCGAAUAGACAAGUUCUACUUUAAUGGAUUGCAUGAUUAUGAAAAGAAGAACCACCAAAAUCUAACCAAUCUCAUUACUGAUGGAUGGUUCACUGCUGGACUUGAUGAGUACCUGCGGCUACGAGUUGAUGCUCUAUCGAAAGACAAAACUUCAGUUGGGCCAACAUACGUGUAUCUAUUUGAUCAUAAGGGUGCUGCCAGCUUUACCGAAAUUUUCGAGGGUGGAAAGGAAGAUUAUUAUGGUGUUUGCCACGCCGAAGAACUUCAAUAUUUAUUCCCAAUUGGAAAGGAAUUGUUUGUAACAUCAUCUCCCACCAAUGAAGAUCUUCAAAUACGUGAAGCCUUACAAACAAUGUGGGUAAAUUUUGCUUGGCAUAGCGACCCCACACCGGCUUCAUCUGAUCUGCCUAAAUGGAAUCCAACCAAGACAUAUCCUGUAGAUUUUGUAAGGAUUGGUAACCAGGAUCAUGAGAACUGGCAACUUCUUAGCUUUGAAAAGGGUUUGCUUCAAGAACGAGUUGACUUUUGGAAUGAUCUUAAGCCACAUAUUCCAGCUAAUCUAUUUAAGGAUGAACUUUAAGAUUUGAGUACGUACAAAUCAAAGAUCAUGAAAAAGAGAUGUUCAUGUUUUAUAUAGUAUUAAAUUAUGCAGCUUUCAUUGUAGAUUACCUUAUUUUUCAUCAAAUUAAAUAUCUAGUUUGUAAAAACUUAGGCAAAAUAAAUACAUUUUAAUACAAAUAAA